AUGGAAGGAGGCGCAAUGUUCGAUGUACUCAUCAUUGGUGGAGGCUUUUCUGGCCUCAGUGUCGCGGCCACGUUGGCGCGCCAGUCACACACAGCCCUGAUAUUUGAUUCUGGCAGCUAUCGCAACGCCAGAAGCAAUCACAUGCACAUCAUGCCUACCUGGGAUCAUAAGGAUCCCGAGCAGUUUCGCACCACUGCGCGUUCGGAGCUCGAGAUGUAUGACACCAUCCAAAUCCGACAAGUUGAGGUCAAGGGCUUGAGAAAGACCGACGAGGGCCUGUUUGAAGCGACCGAUGCGACUGGCGAAGUGUGGAGGGGGCGGAAAGUGGUAUUGGCCACCGGUGUAGAAGAUCAGUAUCCUGAUAUACAAGGAUAUGACGAAUGCUGGGCUAGAGCCAUAUAUCACUGCCUCUUCUGCCACGGAUAUGAGCAGCGCGGGGCCGAAUCUGCGGGCAUCCUAGCCGUGGAUUUGAUCGCCUCCGCACAGAAGGCGAGACAGAUGGCUCGCAUGGCUUCAUCGCUGGUACGAUCGGUGACCAUAUACACCAACGCUAACAAAGGCCUGGCGGAACAGAUCGCCGCUGCUCUUCAAGGAUUUGAGCAUUAUUGUGUGGACGAUCGGGCUAUAUCGAAGCUUUCCUUGACGGCUGGCUCAGACCAAUCGGUUAAGAUCAGCUUCAAGGAUGGUUCGGAGGAGAAGAGGGAGGCCUUUCUGGUUCACAGUCCCAUCACAAGAGCAAAGGGUCCCUUCGCGCAGCAGCUGGGGCUAGAGCUCACACCAACGGGCGACUACGCAGUGUUGCCGCCAUUCAACGCGACUAGUGUGAAUGGUGUGUACGCAGUAGGAGACUGCAUGACCAUGUUCAAAGUGGCUACGAACGCAGUGGCAAGUGGCUCCAUGACAGGGGCUGGGGUGUCGGGAAAGCUGCAUGAGGAACAGGAACAGCAAGACUGA